GGGGGAAGGAUUGGGGCCAGUGUGGAGGAGUUGGUGGAGGCGAGGAAGAGGGAGAGGUGGGUUUAAGUUUUCCUUAUAUUCUAAGUCUGUGUGGUUUGUAUGGUUUGUGAUUGCUGUGUCUUGCAAGCGAUUUAGAGGCCUAAUCCUGUUGGAGGACCUUAUGGUAUAGUUGGAUAAGAAGAAAAAGGAUGAUGAAUGGAGAGAGGUGAUUGUGGCAGAUUACCAUGUGAAUGUUGUCAGUCCUGCGGGUAGCAGCAGUGAUAUGCAUUCUUUAGAAUCUCUUCCAUACGAUAUUGUCAUGUUUAUUUUGGCCAUGAUCACUUUCACUUGCGAAUAUCGUAUUCAAUAUUGCCCCUCUCUAUUCAAACCCCCUUUGACCUCCUGAACAUCAACAAGUCUCCAUUUCAGUCUUCAAACCUAAACAUUACUCAAGCAUGCGUUCAUACGAUUCCAAAGCUCAUAGACACACCAGACUCCGACAAGAUACCCAGCCCUUCCAACGCGGCAUCAUCCGGCAUGUCGUCCUCAUCCUCGACCUCAGCGCCGCCAUGGCCGAAAAAGACAUGCGACCCACUCGCUACCUCGUCACCCUCAAGCACGCAACCACCUACGUCCGCGAAUUCUUCGAGCAAAACCCCAUCAGUCAGCUUGCCGUGAUGGUCAUGCACGACGGCCUCUGCCACCUGAUCUCCGAUUUGUCCGGCAACCCCACUCACCACAUCACCGCCAUCCAAUCGCUCCGAAAUCCAGUCAACCCUCGCGAGAGCCCGCGCGAACCGAAGGGGAAUCCGUCAUUACAGAACGCGCUGGAGAUGGCGCGGGCGCAGCUGUAUCACACGCCGAGUCACGGCACGCGGGAGGUGAUCAUCAUCCUCGGCGCGCUGCUAUCCCUCGACCCCGGGGACAUCCACAAGACCAUCGCGGCGUGCGCGCGUGACCGCCUCCGCGUCUCCAUCAUCGGCAUGUCCGGCCGCUUGAAAAUUUGCCAGGAGAUCUGCGAGCGGACGAAUUCCGGGUCCGAUGCGAGCUACAAUGUUGCGCUGGACGAGCCGCACCUCCGCGACCUGCUGAUGAGCACCACGACGCCGCCAGCGAUCCGGUCAGGGGCGACGGAGGGAACGGCGGAGGAUGGGGCGGCUGGCCCCGUGGGCGCGUCGCUACUGUGCAUGGGGUUUCCGUCGAGGACCAUCACGGAUGCGCCGUCGUUGUGUGCGUGCCAUGGGACGCUGUCGAGAGGCGGGUAUACCUGCUCGAGGUGCAAAGCCAAGCUGUGCAGUUUGCCAGCGACGUGCCCGGCGUGCGGGCUGACAUUGAUCCUCUCGACGCAUCUGGCGCGGAGUUAUCACCACCUAUUUCCUCUGCGCAACUGGAUUGCCGUGACCUGGAAACGAGCGAGGGAGAAAGGGACCGUACAGUGCGCUGGUUGUUUGAUUAAGUUCCCGACGAUACCUAUGGGCGCUGGGGUGGACGAUGUUGGCGGUAGUAGGAGAGAUAAAGGAAAGGGGAGAGAGGAUGAGGUGAUGGAGAAUGGAGGGGAAAGUCAAGAAGAAAGAGAACGGGAUCAGUUGAGCAAGGAAUUGGGCGCGAGUGAGAGCUCGCGGUACGAGUGUGAGGCUUGUGAAGGCCACUUCUGCAUUGACUGCGAUAUCUUCAGUCAUGAGCAGAUGCAUAAUUGCCCAGGUUGUCUGUCAAAGCCCGCAUUUUCAACGGUAAUGGAAGAGGACGGAAACGAAUUGGCGAAUGGGACAGCCAAUGGGAUGAAUGGACUUAACGGUGCCUCAUAGCUCAGGCUGGGCGAGGAAUCCUUAUCUGCUGGCUAAACUUGGCCAGAGUUGGGCGCUACAGGUCGGGUAAAAGGCCAUAAAGCAAGCGAUUUACGUAUCCGCAUGGCGUUGGAACCAUUGGAACAUUAGGCUCUAGCAUGGGAGUCUAGGAAACGGCCCUAUAGAACAGGGUCAGGAUAACUUUAGUCUAGGAAUACUGAAGUCAAACCCAACACCGAGUAUGCAAUAGUACUAGUAUUCAUGAAUAAUGCCAACAUGGAAUGAACCCUUCUCCCCCUUUUCAGACCAAAUUCAACUCAUCGAAAGUUCCCACAACAUCCAACAGCGCCGCCAUGUCCUGCUCCGGGUUCCCCGGCCUCUGAACAAGCACGGAUUGCAUAUCCGCUAACUUGGCCGCGAGGACCUCUUUGUCACUAUCACUCAAAAACAGAAUG